CGUGAGAAGGAGCUGGAGGCGGGGCCGGAGGGAAAGCUUCACCUCGGCCUAGUCAGCAGGUCCUUCUCUGGCCGCUACUCCGUCAACGCCUCCAACAUGUUCGGCCACGUCACCGCCGACUUCUAUAUCAACGUGAUGUACGGGCCGGAGGACAUCACGGCGGACGAGAUGGUGACGGUGAACCAGGGCAAGACUGUGUCCAUUGAGUGCACAGCGUCAGGCAACCCGCCCCCCACCAUCACCUGGACACGGGGCGCCGCCACCUACAACAGCACCUCCACGCCGCUGGCCUCGAGUGUGGGCGUGGCACACCUGGUGGUGGAGGAGGCGCGCUGGCGGGACACAGGCGUCUACCUGUGCCACGCUGCCAACAAGGUGAACCAACCGCCGCCCGCCACCACCAAAUUUAUAGUGACACAGCCAGCGACAGAGGUAGAGGGCGGGGAAGGAGGGCAAGGGUCGUGGGCGUCUGUGGGCGGCAAUGGGCGGCUGGUGUGUCACGUGAGAGCCGCGCCCCCGCCCUCUUUCCAGUGGGUGAGAGCGAGUGGAGAGGUGGUGAAGAUGAGUGAAAAGUACAUCAUUCACAGACCCAGGCUGCAAGACGGCCUGGUGGAGUGGGCGUCAGUGCUGGAGGUGCGAGAUGUGACGCAGAGGGACUACGGGGAGUACCUCUGCGCGGCCAGGAACCAGCUCGGCUCCACCUCCGUCAGCCGCACCCUCGGUCCGCCCACGCGACCCCACCCGCCGCUCAAUCUGACGGUAAGCAACGCCAGCAGCGGCUCCAUCACGCUCUCCUGGGCUCCUAACUACGCGGGGGGACUGCCUCGAGGGUACAGCGUGCGGUACAGAGCGGCUGGAUCAACAUUGUAUCAGGUGGUGGAGGUCUCGGGGGGCGCCUCGCAGGGGGUCACAGUUCACGGCCUCUCCCCUGGAACACAGUACCUCUUCACGGUCCCAGGCACACAACCCACAAGGACACUCAUCGUACGUGACGCCGCAGAUCGCAGCCACUACUCGAGGUAAGACACGAGUGAAGACUAGCAUACUUAUAAAGGGGAAAACUAAGCCAAAGUAACAGAAAAGGAAUAAUACAACAGAAGGCGACGUAGAGGAGAGGACACCCAUCCAAGAACUAACCAGAUACAGCGUUGUUUAACCUCA